AGUUCAUCUAUUGAUCCAAAUUUAGUGCCCCUCAACUCAACUAUCCCUACCUUAAGAGUUAAAACCCAUCUACACCACAAUGGAUAGGUAGGCGUAAAUUUGCAAAUUGUUGAAGCCAUCGUAUUAUUGGAGAGUCUCGACGACAAGUUUUUCAAGUUCUAAAUAUACGGCCGGGGAGGUAGCAGACGCAAAGGCAACCUCGGGGACCGACGCCCGACGGUUUUAAUCCGCUAAAACUGCUGCCAUCGGCGUGGAUAGAGGGAAUUAGGGUUAAGGGAGGAGUAGAUCGAGAUCCUCUCCGAUGGCAUUGAAGUUUCUGAACAAGAAGGGAUGGCACACGGGGAGCCUUCGUAAUAUAGAAAACGUAUGGAAGGCCGAGCAGAAACAUGAGGCCGAACAGAAGAAAUUAGAGGAGCUUCGCAAGCAGAUCGUAGAGGAGAGAGAGCGUGCGGAGUUUAGGGAAAUUCAGGAACAAGCUGGUCUCGUUCCGCGGCAGGAGAGGUUGGAGUUUUUGUAUGAUUCUGGUUUAGCUGUGGGAAAGAGUAGUGGAUUUAAGGCUCUUGAAUCCACUCCCUCCCAGACGGAUCCUCCUGACUCAACAGCUUCUUCCUCUGCAUCUAAGGCUCAAUCAUCUGUUCCUGGUGCUUUAUUUGAGGACAAGCCACAAUCUGCCAAUGAUGCUUGGAGGAAACUUCAUUCUGAUCCUUUGCUAUUAAUUCGACAACGGGAGCAAGAAGCUUUAGCUCGAGUGAAGAACAACCCAGUACAGAUGGCCAUGAUUCGGAAAUCUGUUGAGGCAAUGAAGCACAAGGAUAAGACUGGCGUUGAGAAGGAAGAGAAGCACAGGAGGAAAUAUCGUCAUCAUAAGAAGUCAGAGCAUCACAAAAAGUCAAAGCACUACAGUUCAGAUGAAGAUCAAAGUCAUAAAAAAGGGGACAACCGAGGGAAGGGGAGAGACCUGCCAUACGAAGACAGAAAACACAAAGAAACACAAGCCAGGGACCCUGAUUCAAAACCAGACAAAGAGAGAGAAGAGAGGGGGGGCAGGUGGAGACGUCCUGUCAAGCUCUCAGAGGAAGAGAGAGCUGCCAGGCUGCGAGAGAUGCAGCUCGACGCCGAGGUGCAUGAGGAGCAAAGAUGGAAAAGAAUAAAGAAGGCCGAUGAAAACGACGCCAAGGAAGAAGCCAUCGUCGGUGCACAGUUGUUGUCGGGAGGAAGGAAUUUCCUGGAUGCCGCUCAGAGAAGUGUAUAUGGGGCUGAGAAGGGAGGGAGCUCCACCAUUGAAGAGAGUGUUCGUCGCCGGACACAUUAUUCGCAGGGCAGAUCUGCAGAAGCAACUGAACGUAAUGCUUUCCGAAGGUAAGGAAAUAGGUAUAUUUCAGUGUCAUGAGUCUGUGUUAGUUGUUGGCGACCAUUUGAAUUUGUUCAAUCCGAUUUACGAAGGCAAAUGUGCACACAUUCUAAGAAUACUGAUUACUGCGAGCUUGUUUGGUUGAGGGAUAAUUUGUUGAAAUGGUUGGAAAGUGGAAACCAGUUGGACUUCAUUACGGG